AUGUUAAGUCAAUCGUGUCACAAUCACCAAAUAGAUGUACUCGAAAUAAUGAACGAACAACAUUCUCAAGGCUCGUCCGUUGCAAUAGAAGACUCAGUAAAGCACACGGCUCCUAAAGAAACCAAAGAACAGGAUACUUGCGAAGAAUGUCCUUGCAAAGCAGAAAAGGAUGUUAAAAAUUUAAACAGCUUUGAACGUUUAAUAAAAGAAAGGGAAGCGCAAAUGCGUAAAGACUUCGAGAAGGAAAUGGAAAAAGAAAUCAAUUACUUAAAGGAUAGAUUUGACUUUGUAUUGCAAAAUGAGCAGAUACGAGCUGCCUUUAUGCUUUGCGAAGCGCACAGAGAAAGAGAAGAAAAAAUAUUUGCCCUCCAAACUCAAUUAGAAUGUAAAAAUUUAGCUGGCCUAAUGUACGUUUUAUGUUCGGAGAGAAGGAAAUGUAAAUUGGAAAAAUUAAAACUGGUUGAAGAUUACACAUCCUAUAUUAAUACGUUACAAGAUAUACUAAUGGACGCCCAAAAGUUGAUACUUAAUCUGUCCAAAGGUUAUAAAACCGCCGCCCAGGUGGAUAAUGAAUGGCGAGUAAAAAUGAAUGUCAUCAUGAAAGAGUUCCAAUCGUUCAUUUACAACUUUUCCGGUGGUACGCCUGAGACAAAUCAAUAUUUUUUCGACAUUCCGAAACUAUUGAAAACUGAAACACCUUUAAUGGACUCUACGAAUGAUCCUUGUGAAGAUGAUGAAGUCGUGGAGGAGGUUUUUGAGGAAAAGGUUAAAGAAGAAGAGAAGCCAUGGUGGGAGCGUCUGGAUGGCGAUGAGGUUCCGUUCGUAAUGUUCGGCGAUAUGGCCGAUUUCCGACCUCCGCAGCGCAGAGAAGUCCUCAAGAAUAUUAAAGCAGCCAAAACUGCACCGAAGAGAUGGAGAGAAUACGUUUUCAAUGAAAUGCUACUGCAAUCCAACUGUCCGAACUUGAAUAAGAUAAAAGACGAAUAUUCUCGAAACGUCUCGACUAGUAAGAGAUGGGAAUGUCAGGGAAUACAAACUCAAGACUACCCCUCAUCUAGGAUGUCAUUAAUGAGUCAUCGGGCAACGACACAGAGUAUUGACGUCAGAGGCGACAUGGGCUCGAUACUCAAACUUAUAACUUCGAACGCCACCGGACAAUAUGCGGCAAGAGCGACACUCCUCGGUGCCAGAGAUUCCAUGGAAAUAGCAUCGACUACUAAACUGCGUGAAAAAUACAAAAACGAUCGACACAGCAAGGUCGUUAUCAAGGUUGGCGAGAGACGGACACCACAGUUUGAUGAGUUGGAUGGUGAAGAAUUUGAAGAUGAUCAAGAGACGUCUGAAUAUCCAAAGGAAGAUGAUAAAGAUGAUAAAAAUAACAUCAAGCCGUCUCACUCCAUUCUUGGUUCACUACACCGCGACAGUUUACACGUAAUACCUAAUCACAAGCCAGAUCAAGAUCGCAAAAUUAAUUACGAAAAGAUUUGCCCAGCGAACAACUGUAAAAACAUGAAAGUGGACUCAUUCAUGGAUUCCCUACCGCCAUAUAUGAAAGCGAAUCCUUACGUCCAUUUCAAGCAAAAUUACGAACAGUAUGAAACGUGCUCUCCAGAACAAUUGGAAAUUUUAAAACAUCGUAUUGAAGAGAAAAAGAAGAAGGACAAAAUCGUUGAAGGCGCCAUAGAGGAAUGUCCUCUAGACGAGUGGACACCCAGCGUUGGAGGCAUAGCCGUUCAGACCUCGACAGAUUCUUUAACUCCGCCUUGUACGUGCCGAGCUCCAAGUCCCACUCCGGCUUCCAGUAUCCAAAGCGUGGUUAACGUGAAAGAUCUAUUCCCGGUCAAGCGAGCCUUGAACGAAAUCGACAAGAGUUGCUUUUACGAUGACAGGAUACAGUUCGAUCGAUUCAAAGUUAUUGGCGGCGACGGCGGAGAUAAUGAAACUACCCAACCCAAAUCAAACUUCAAACAAGCCAGAUUUGAAGAGAUCAGAAAGAUACUCGAGGCGCAUCCAAGUCUACUUGAGAUUUUCCAAGCGAACGCACACUGCUAA